UGCAGUUUAGAGAGCAGAAUGCCAAGGAGGACACUUAGAGACAUGUCUCAUGCGUCGUUGUGGGACACAAUUGGACUUUUAUGGACUGGAUUAUAAUUAAUAUUUUUAUUCUUAAUGAUUCACCGCCAUCUUUCAGGCUGUGAUUCUUCCAGAGAAGGCAGGGGGUGAAGGAAAUGAACAUUUAUUUAACCUAAGGCGGAUUUUAAAGCUGUGUUUUUUUGGAGGGGUUUUUUUUGGUUUCUUUCCCGUCCUGCGAUGAUCGCGUUCUGGAUAGUCUUGUGCGUCAUGGAAGGGGUCCUGGCUCAGAUCCGCUACUCCGUGCCGGAGGAGGCGGACCACGGCACCUUGGUGGGGAACAUCGCCGAGGACUUGGGACUGGACCUGACCAAGCUGGCGUCCCGUCACUUCCAGGUCGUGCCCAGCUCCCGGACGUCGUACUUGGAAGUCAACCUGGAGAACGGAGUCCUGUUCGUGAACGAGAAGAUCGACCGAGAGCAAAUCUGCAAGCAGAGCGCCAGCUGCCAGCUCAACAUGGAGGUGUUCCUGGAGGACCCUUUGGAGCUUUUCCGAGUGGAAAUCGAGGUGGCAGACAUUAACGACAACCCGCCGAGCUUCCCGGAGGCGGACAUCACGGUGGAGAUCUCCGAAAGCGCCACGCCAGGCACGCGCUUCCCGCUGGAGAGCGCCGUGGAUCCCGACGUGGGCUCCAACUCUUUACGCGCGUACGACAUGACCACCAACAACUACUUCCGCUUGGACGUGCACAGCCAGGCGGACGGGACCAAGUUCGCCGAGCUGGUGCUGGAGAAGCCGCUGGACCGGGAGCAGCAGGCGGCUCACAGGUACGUGCUGACGGCAGUGGACGGCGGCCAGCCUCCGCGCACUGGAACCGCGCUGCUGGUCGUUAAAGUUUUGGACUCAAACGACAACGUGCCCGUCUUCCAGCAGCCCGUUUACGGCGUGGAGCUAGCGGAAAACGCGCCCGCGGGCACGCUCGUCAUCCAGCUGAACGCCACCGACCUGGACGAGGGUGCGAACGGAGACGUCGUCUACUCCUUCAGCAACCACAUCUCCAACCGCGUCAAGGACCUGUUCAGCAUCGACGCGCGCACGGGCCGCGUGGAAGUGCGCGGCGAGGUGGACUUUGAGGAGAGCGGCAUCUAUCAGAUUUUCGUCCAAGCCAAGGACAUGGGACCCAACGCCGUGCCCGCCCACUGCAAAGUCCUGGUCACCGUCACGGACUUGAACGACAACCCCCCAGAGAUCACCUUCAGCACUGUCACUGAGUCCGUGAGUGAAAAAGCACCGCCCGGUACUGUAAUUGCUUUGCUGAGUGUGACAGACCUGGACGCAGAAGAGAACGGACAGAUCGGCGUGGAGAUCCUAGGCGACGUCCCCUUUAAGUUGAAAUCAUCAUUUAAGAACUAUUUCACUAUCGUGACCGACGGACUGCUGGACAGGGAGCAGGCUGACUCCUAUUCGGUGACGGUGGUCGCCAGGGAUAAAGGGUCACCCUCGCUGACCACAAGCAAGUCAAUCAGAGUCCAAGUGUCAGACGAUAACGACAACGCGCCCACGUUCUCGCAAAAUGUAUAUGAUGUGUACGUUACGGAGAACAAUGUGCCAGGCGCUUACAUUCACGCUGUGACGGCUUUGGACCCAGACGUAGGACAGAAUGCUCUCAUUAGUUAUUCCAUACUAGAGUGUGACAUCCAGGGCAUGUCUGUCAAAACCUAUGUGUCCAUCAACGAGGAGACCGGGUACCUCUACGCGCUCAGGUCUUUUGACUACGAACAACUGAAGGAGUUUAUGUUCAUGGUUCAGGCCCAAGACGCUGGCAGCCCAGAGCUGUCUACAAACGCCACGGUCAAAGUCAUCAUCGUGGACCAGAACGACAACGCCCCCCUCGUGUUGGCCCCAGUGGGGAAGAACGGCACCGCAGAGGAGCCUUUACCCCGCUCCGCUGAGCCGGGGUACCUGGUGACGCGUGUCGUGGCGAUGGAUGCCGAUGAUGGCGAGAACGCCAGGCUCUCCUACAGCAUCCGUAGAGGAAACGAGAACGGCAUGUUCAGGAUGGACUGGAGGACUGGGGAACUUCGCACAGCAAGGCGGGUGUCAGCUAAGAGAGACCCGCACAGGCUGUACGACCUGCUGGUUGAGGUCAGAGACCACGGUCAGCCUCCGUUGUCCUCCAGCACCGGCAUACUUGUGGUGUUGGUGGACAGCGUGGCGGAGGGUCGAGGUGGCGGCGUCCGAGGAGGCGGCGCCAAGGCCAAAGAAAGCAGCCUGGACCUGACCCUCAUCCUCAUCAUCGCCUUAGGCUCGGUCUCCUUCAUCUUCCUGCUGGUCAUGAUCGUGCUGGCUGUGCGCUGUCAGAAGGACAAAAAACUCAACUUCUACACCUGCCUGACUAGUGACUGCUGCUUGGGCUGCCGCUCCUGCUGCUCGCGGCACGGCCGGGCACGCAAGAAGAAGCUUAGCAAAUCUGACAUCAUGUUGGUGCAAAGUGCCGUGAAUGUCAGUGGGGCGGGCACGGUCCAAGUCCCCGUGGAGGAGUCAGGCAGCUUUGGCUCCAGCCAUCCAAACCAGAACUAUUGUUACCAGGUAUGUCUGACUCCUGAGUCCGCCAAAACAGACCUCAUGUUCCUAAAGCCGUGUAGUCCGUCUAGGAGCACGGGCACCGAACACAACCCGUGUGGGGCCUUGGUGACCGGUUACACGGACCAGCAGCCUGACAUUAUAUCCAACGGCAGCAUAUUAUCAAACGAGACAAAACACCAGCGAGCAGAGCUCAGCUACCUGGUUGACAGACCAAGACGAGUUAACAGCUCGGCGUUCCAGGAGGCAGACCUGGUCAGCUCCAAAGACAGCGGCCAUGGAGACAGCGAGCAGGGUGACAGUGACCACGAUGCCACCAACCGAGGCAUCUCUACUGGCGCUGAUCUGUUCUCCAACUGCACAGAAGAGUGUAAAGCACUUGGUCACUCUGAUCGCUGCUGGAUGCCGAGCUUCAUGCCCACUGAUGGGCGGCAGGGCCCAGACUACCGCAGCAACCUCCAUGUGCCGGGAGACACAACACCAACAUCUUCAUCAUCAUCACCACCAUCAUCAUCUUCACGGCACCAAAGACAAGAAAGACUCGAAAGUCUUUCUGUCUAAAUCGUCAUCUUGUUUACGAGGAAAAGGCUUUGCGGGCUCUUUUCGUGUGGACGUUACGGACACGGCGUGAUUUUGCACAAUCGCACCUCCCAACAUUGACGACUGGAAUUGGAUUUGAAGAAGAAAAAAAAGAAGACUGUCGACUUAAUGAACUUCAAUCUGCUGAAAUUCCUGGGAGGAAUGUCUUCAGGGGGACACGGUGUCAUGGCGAGGAGACGUGGAGGAGGGGAAGAAUGCCUUACUUGGAGCUCCUGGGAUGACUGGAGUGUCUCAGCAGGACUGAGCAAGUCCAAAUAAACAAUGUGCGGACGUCCAUGCGGCAGACAAACGUGUGUCUGUCACCUCUUUGCAAUGUUUAGUGUGCGUGUUUACACUCUGGUACGUCUUUACGCUUACAAGGACACCACGCAGCCCUUUAGGACUCUGUCCUCACGCCAAACUGUACAGUCGAUUCUUUUCUAGCACUCCUUUGGUGCUUUUUUUUUUCUUUUUUUUUUUCAUUCUUUUAUUCCGCUUCCAACUCACAGGAAAACAUCGCAGCAGAUUUUUCUUCAUGUAUUUUUUAACCUAUUAAAAAGCGUUCAAAGUUAAACCUAAUAGUUCAAAUGAGCUUCAAUGUUAUCAGCUUGUUUACCGUAUUUUCCGCACUAUAAGGCGCACCGGAUUAUUAGCCGCACCUUCAAUGAAUUACAUAUUUCAUAACUUUGUCCACCAAUAAGCCGCCCCGGAUUAUAAGCCGCGCCUACGCUGCGCUAAAGGGAAUGUCAAAAAAACAGUCAGAUAGUUCAGUCAAACUUUAAUAAUAUAUUGAAAACCAGCGUUCUAACAACUCUGUCCCAAAAUGUACGCAAAUGUGCAAUCACAAACAUAGUAAAAUUCAAAAUGGUGUAGAGCAAUAGCAACAUAAUGUUGCUCGAACGUUAAUGUCACAACACACAAAAUAAACAUAGCGCUCACCUUCUGAAGUUAUUCUUCAUUCGUAAAUCCUUCGAAUUCUUCGUCUUCGGUGUCCGAAUUGAAAAGUUGCGCAAGCGUGGGAUCCAAAAAUGGCCGGCUCCGUCUCGUCGAAGUCAUCGGAUUCAGUGUCGCUGUUGUUGUGCAGCAGUUCUGUGAAUCCUGCCUUCCGGAAAGCUCGGACCACAGUUGUGACCGAAAUAUCUGCCCAGGCAUUUACGAUCCACUGGCAAAUGUUGGCGUAUGUCGUCCGGCGCUGUCUGCCCGUCUUAGUGAAGGUGUGUUCGCCUUCGGAGCUGUGUGAAAAAAGCCACCCGGCCUCUUCGCGUAAACUUCCCUUAACCACUCGCUCAUCUUUUCUUCAUCCAUCCAUCCCUUCGAGUUAGCUUUUAUGAUGACGCCGGCUGGAAAGGUCUCUUUUGGCAAGGUCUUCCUUUUGAAUAUCACCAUGGGUGGAAGUUAGCAUGGCAAGCUAGAACCACAGUGAAGGAUGACUUCUCAUUCCCUGUGGUGCGAAUAUUCACCGUACGUGCUCCCGUUCCACAGUGCGGUUCACAGGAAUAUCAGUUGCUGUGAAAUACGGUAGUAAUCCGUGUGCGGAUGGAGAGAUUGCGUCUUUUUAUGAACCGGAUCCUUUUCGCUUAGUAGGAGCCAUUUUGUGGUCUUUACAGAUGUAAACAGGAAAUGAAACGUACGGUGAUAUCCGCGCGUUUUUUCUUCUUCUUCCGGGGGCGGGCGGUAGCUUACAGUAGAAGAAGAAGCGCUUCCUGUUCUAUGGGGGCGGGUGCUUACCUUGGCGGUUGCUUGCGUAGAAGAAGAAGCGCUUCCUGUUCUACCGGGAAAAAAGAUGGCGGCUGUUUACCGAAGUUGCGAGAUCGAAACUUUAUGAAAAUGAAUCGUAAUAAAGCGCACCGGGUUAUAAGGCGCACUGUUAGCUUUUGAGAAAAUUUGUGGUUUUUAGGUGCGCCUUAUAGUGCGGAAAAUACGGUACUUGACAUUCGGCCAUAUUGGGAGAGGCACAUGACUGUCACAUGACGAGCACUUUUAAUGUUUUCUUUGUAUGUCACAAAGUUGCGUAGAAAAGAUUGGUGCUUUUAAGUUUUGCUAACUUUGCUUAUUAUGGGUUCAACGUGUUUUUUCUAUUUCUUGGGUUGGUUUUUGCACCAUCACAUUUGUGGGUUUGAAUAGUUUGUAUCACACGUUAAAAAAAAAAGAAAAAAAAAGGUGUUUAUUCCAGUACUCUUGAAAAAGAUGAAUAUCAAAGUCUAUAUAUCGAUUAUCUGUAUCUACUUGUGAUGGAACUUUUUUUUUUUUUUUUCUAAAUUGCGAUUGAGAGUUUUGACUGUUUGAUGGGGGCUGGUUGCUGUCGCGACCAAGAGACUAAACAAUGUCAGCAGAUGUAAAAAAAAAAAAAAAGUUUGAUAAUUAUUUUCCACGUUUAGAUAUGAUCAAAAGUGUAUGCAAAGAGUUAAAUUCAUGGUAAUUCUGUGUGAUUGUAAUCAACAUCUUCAUCAUUAUUUGAUAAACAAACAGAAUAAAUCAAUACAUUUUCUCACAUCACAACCACAUAAACAACAAAUAUUAAAAACAAUAAAGUGAAAAUGGAUUUAUUUCAAAUGUGUUUUUUAUUGACUGUUCUCACAUUUUAGUAAUUGUCAGCGUUAGGGAUGUCCGAUAAUGACUUUUUGCCGAUAUCCGAUAUUGUCCAACUCUUUAAUUACCGAUACCGAUAUCAAUUGAUAUAUACAGUCGUGGAAUUAACACAUUAUUACACCUAAUUUGGACAACCAGGUAUGGUGAAGAUAAGGUACUUUUAAAAAAAAUUAAUAAAAUAAAGUAAGAUAAAUAAAUUAAAAAACAUUUUUUGAAUAAAAAAGAAAGUUAAACUAUAUAAA